CGAGGCUGCUGCUGUCUACCCUCCCACUGAAUACUGACAGCAGAAACGCCAGCCGACAGUGUCUUAGAAAGGCCUGGAGAGGUCGCUGUUUCCUCUUUGAGGAAGUAUGGGAAAUUGCAGUGCAAUUCAGUACAAUAGCAGUUGCACACUCUCUUAUCUAAGUGCUUAUUAAGAGCUUGCUUCAAGUUGGACCACAGCACAGAUGCCAAUAUAUCUCACUUGCCCUGGCAAGGAAUUCUGUCUCUCCUGCCAUGCUACUAAGGUGGAUCCAUGGCACACACGAGUCGAGUAGGAUCUUUGCUCACAUCACAGAUUCUCUAUGGAGGCCAUACUGCUACACAAAACCACCUGUGGGGUCCACCGAGGCAACACAAGCAUGUGCAGGAUGUGCAUAAUCAAGAACUCCGGCCAUAUCUCGACUACGAUUCAGCCGUGCAGGUCAACGACAGUCAUCUGGGACUCGCCAUGUCAGCAGCAAGAGGACGUACGGAUCGGCCGCAGCCUGCAGAACCUCUCAACAUGAAUCACUAUGCCACUAAGAAGAGUGUAGCAGAGAGCAUGCUGGAUGUGGCGCUGUUGAUGGCAAACGCCUCUCAGCUGAAAGCCGUCCUGGAGCAGGGCCCUGAGUUCAAGUACUUCCUCACUGUCAUCAUCCUCAUCGCCGCAUCACUCUUCUUCCAGGUGCUCGCAGGCGUGCUCUUCGUCAACAUGGCACGCAAAAACCUCAAUGAUGUGGUCAAUCAGAGGAAGCUGGACAUAAUGAAUAAUGUGGCCACAGGGCUGGUGUUUAUCACCGUCAUCAUCAACAUCUUCAUCACUGCUUUUGGAGUGCAGAAGACAGGUCUCUAUCCUAAACAGUAAACUAUCUGUAAGAUCCUACAGGGUCCCAAUAAUGGUUAUGAUGAAAGUCACAUCCAUUCAUGAAAGUCUUCCUUCUGGCUUUGAUAUUUGUUAUAUAUACUACAGAUGACACAAUUAUUUUAUUUUAAAGUCAUUUUUAUUUUUUUCUUCAGAGGGCAUUAUAUUAAAAAGUCUAUAAACAUUAAUUUAUCAUUGACUGUUUAGUGAUUUAUAUUACCUGUAGAUAACAUGAAUUCAUCAUCCAAGUGUUCUAUAUUCAUCCUGUCAAUUGUAAAACUAAUAAUAAACAAUGAUCAUGAAAUACUCAA